GCGACAUAAAUUUGAUUAUCAUCCAACAAGCAGUUUUUUCAUUGGUUAGUUGUGUGAAGAAAAAUAUAAAACUUUUAAAAAUGCAUAAAAUAGAACAAUUUCCUGAAUACCAAGUACCAGGAGCAAAUCAACAUUACUUUUAUCCAUAUGAAUCGAAUGGAGGGAGUGUUGUCGCCAUUGCCGGAGAUGAUUAUGCUGCUGUUGCAGCAGAUACAAGAUUAACUAGUGGAUAUUCUAUUCAUACUAGAAAUCAAAAUAAACUUUUUAAAUUGACCGAUAAAACAGUGUUGGCAUCUUGUGGUUGCUGGUGUGAUACGCUAUCAUUAACAGCUUUUGUGAAAAAAAGGAUUCAAAUGUAUCACCAUGAGCAUAAUAAAAUAAUGACGUCGAAUGCUAUAGCUCAAAUGUUGUCUUGCAUUAUGUACCAUAAUAGAUUUUAUCCUUAUUAUGUGUCAAAUAUUUUAGCUGGCUUAGAUGAAAAUGGUAAAGGUGUCGUUUAUAGUUAUGAUCCUGUUGGCCACUGUGAACUUUCCUAUUAUAAAGCUGGUGGUUCAGCCGGUGCACUUUUGCAACCAGUUUUAGAUAACCAAAUUGGUUACAAGAAUCAAAUUGGAAUUGAAAAGGAACCAAUAACAAAAGAAAAAGCUGUUGGCGUUAUUUAUGAUACAUUCAUUUCAGCUACUGAGAGAGAUAUUUAUACAGGUGAUGCUGUCAUCAUAAAUGUUAUAACAAAAGAUGGAGUUGAAGUAAAAGAAUUUGAUUUAAGAAAGGAUUAAAAAUGCAUUGUGUAAAGCAAAUUAAUUUUUACAUCCAUAUAUAAUAUAAAAUUUUUAUUAUAUCAAUAAAGAAUUUUUAAAAAUUUA